UCUCUGAGAUGAGGGCGGCAACAGGAGCAAACGCGAGCAGACAGCUGGGUGUGUCCCUUUCCAGCAGAGGGGUGGGUUGUGGCCCCUCUUGGUAGUUUAAUCAGCUGUUCUUUGGGUGCCUUUGAAUAAUAACUGGACAAGUCGAGGUGGGAUUCAUUUACUCAGAGUCAUAGCCUCUCUCUGGGGGAGGUUGCUGUAGUCCCUAGGGACCCAGUUUAACAAGUUUUUGAGCCCACAGUCUCAGCAAGAAUGGGUUUGAGGUCUAUAAUUACCCCAAACUUUAAAAAUCAGCUUUGCAGCAGAUCUGGAGGAUCGUCCCUUUGCUGUACCCCAGUGGGUAAGAAUUCUUGUCUUUUGCCAACCCAUUGAGCCGGCAUUGAAUCACUCAAUUACUGCAAAAUCUUUUCUAAAUAGAACGCACACCACAGCCUCCAGUGGAAGCAUUCCAAGAUCUGCAGCAAAUAUCUAGCUCAUUGGCAGAAGCAGGUUUUUGGCAUGAACAACUGUUUUUCACUUUGAUUUCGACUCCAGCAGAAGUUCUGCAAGAUGACCUGGGAAUAAAGUUGGCCAAGAAGCCUCCGAGGGGAGAUCGGUGUGUGACAAUGGGCUCAGGCUGGUCUCCAACUCCUGACCUUCGGUGAUCCGCGUCGGCCUCCCAAAGUUCUUGGAUUACAGGCGUGAGCCACCGCACCCAGCCAGGCAGACUGAUUUCAAUUCUUUUGGUUAUACACCCAGUAGAGAGAUGGCAGGAUCACAUGCGGGAGCAGCUUCCUCCUAGAAACUACACAGUAAUGGUUUGGUCAAAAAGGCUUGGAAUUUAUUAAGAGCUAGAACCAUGCACCAUGUUUUGUGUGUCAUGCUCACUUUUUUAGUAGAGAGACCAGAAAAAUGCCACCAUGGGGUAUUUUCAGCUAAAAUGAAUGAAGUUAGACUUUAUCUUUCCAAAGACUUGCCACAAACCGUGAAGCUCUGGGCCUGGCACUGGACAGCAGUUCUUUCCUUGGAUGUGAAGUGAUGACUGAUCUGUUUGCAGAAGAGAAAAUCAACAAAGACCAGCAAUUUGUACUGACCUCCUCUGUUCCUUAGAGCAUGUCAGAGAGCACGAUUUCAAAACACACUGGGACCGCAGGUCUCUCAUUAGUCAAAGAAACCGCUGCAACCUUGCCCUGGGUGAUGUGGCAAUUUGGGCGAAGAUGGGAAGUGUUUUGCCCUCCUAAGCUGAGCCUCUGGUAGUGACCACUCUCGGCACCCAAAGAUGCUUUGUGACCUCCGAUGGGCUGCUUGCUCCCUCCCUCUGUUCCUACCAUUCCGGAUUCUACCAUACGAGAUAAAGUUUGUGUCUCAUAGACUCCACGACAUCAGUGAAGCUUGUGUUUCAGAGAUGCAAUAUCCAAUUCUGGAAACAGCCUUUUCUUGGCCCACUUCAAGAAGUUGGACUAAGCUUCAGGAAAACUGAUAUAGAAGGAGCCCCAGAUGGGGAUGCAGGGUGACCCAGGUCCUUGACGACUUGACAGUGACUCUGAGUCUCCUCAAACUUCCUGGGCUACUUUGCUGUGAAGUGAAAGUCCAGGCCCCAUUUAUGUUUCUUCUUCCUCUGCUAUUGCUGCUGGCAGCCUAUGAGGUAGGUGAAGGGUCAUAAUUAAUAGUGUUCGGCCCUUUAAAUCUGGUCUCCAUAGCACCUCCACAAUGCCAUUAUUGUGUAUGUGCUGCCUGUGGGGACACUGGCUGGUGCUCUCAAAGGAGGACUCUAAGGGAGGCCUGCUGAAGCCUGCCACCACCACCAGGCUUUCUGUAAUUGGAUCUGCACAGGGGCCUCAGGGAGUGCGGUAUGAAAACACCCAUUUCCAUGCACUCCCAACCAACACGCUGAAUGGUCUGUACUCUUGAUGAGAAAGACCCAUGAGGGACUGAAAAUUCUUUUUUUCUACGUGACGCUGAGAAGACAGUCACAUGGUUUGGGUGGCUUUCUAGAAGAUGACCAUAGAGGACCUUCCAGAUUUUCCAUUAGAAGGAAAUCCUUUGUUUGGAAGAUACCCAUUUAUAUUUUCUGCUUCUGAUACCCCAGUUAUCUUUUCCAUUUCUGCAGCACCAAUGCCUUCGGACUGUGAAUUUUCUUUCUUUGAUCCUAAUGAUGCAUCAUGCCAGGAAAUUCUUUUUGAUCCCAAAACUUCAGUUUCAGAAUUAUUUGCCAUUUUGAGACAGUGGGUUCCUCAGGUCCAACAAAACAUUGACAUUAUUGGAAAUGAGAUUCUUAAGAGAGGUUGCAAUGUGAAUGAUAGAGACGGAUUGACAGAUAUGACUCUUUUACAUUAUACCUGCAAAUCUGGAGCUCAUGGUAUUGGUGAUGUGGAAACAGCUGUAAAAUUUGCAACUCAGCUUAUUGACCUGGGAGCAGACAUUAGUUUGCGGAGUCGCUGGACAAACAUGAAUGCUUUGCAUUAUGCUGCUUAUUUUGAUGUCCCUGAACUUAUAAGAGUGAUUUUGAAAACAUCGAAACCAAAAGAUGUGGAUGCCACUUGCAGUGAUUUUAAUUUUGGAACAGCUUUGCAUAUUGCAGCAUACAACUUGUGUGCAGGUGCUGUGAAGUGCCUCUUGGAGCAGGGAGCAAAUCCUGCAUUUAGGAAUGACAAAGGACAGAUCCCUGCUGAUGUUGUUCCAGACCCAGUAGAUAUGCCGUUAGAGAUGGCUGACGCCGCAGCCACUGCUAAGGAAAUCAAGCAGAUGCUUCUAGAUGCGGUGCCUCUGUCAUGUAACAUCUCAAAGGCCAUGCUCCCAAAUUAUGAUCAUGUCACUGGCAAGGCAAUGCUUACGUCACUUGGCCUGAAGUUGGGGGAUCGUGUUGUUAUUGCAGGACAGAAGGUUGGUACAUUAAGAUUUUGUGGAACAACUGAAUUUGCAAGUGGGCAGUGGGCUGGCAUUGAACUGGAUGAACCAGAAGGAAAAAAUAAUGGAAGUGUUGGAAAAGUCCAGUACUUUAAAUGUGCCCCCAAGUAUGGUAUUUUUGCACCUCUUUCAAAGAUAAGUAAAGCAAAAGGUCGAAGGAAGAAUAUAGCACACACUCCUUCUACAAAAGCUGCUGUACCUCUCAUCAGGUCCCAGAAAAUUGACGUAGCUCAUGUAAUGUCAAAAGUAAAUACUGGAUUAAUGACAUCAAAAAAAGAUAGUGCUUCUGAGUCAACACUUUCAUUGCCUCCUGGUGAAGAACUUAAAACUGUGACAGAGAAAGAUGUUGCCCUGCUUGGAUCUGUCAGCAGCUGCUCCUCUACAUCUUCUUUGGAACACAGACAGAGCUACCCCAAGAAACAGAAUGCAAUCAGCAGUAACAAGAAGACAAUGAGCAAAAGCCCUUCCCUUUCAUCCAGAGCCAGUGCUGGUUUGAAUUCCUCAGCAACAUCUACAGCAAAUAAUAGCCGUUGCGAGGGGGAACUCCGCCUCGGAGAGAGAGUGUUAGUGGUAGGACAGAGACUGGGCACCAUUAGGUUCUUUGGGACAACAAACUUCGCUCCAGGAUAUUGGUAUGGUAUAGAGCUUGAAAAACCCCAUGGCAAGAAUGAUGGUUCAGUUGGAGGUGUGCAGUAUUUUAGUUGUUCUCCAAGAUAUGGAAUAUUUGCUCCCCCAUCCAGGGUGCAAAGAGUAACAGAUUCCCUGGAUACCCUUUCAGAAAUUUCUUCAAAUAAACAGAACCAUUCUUAUCCUGGUUUUAGGAGAAGUUUUAGCACAACUUCUGCUUCUUCCCAAAAGGAGAUUAACAGAAGAAAUGCUUUUGCCAAAUCGAAAGCUGCUCUGCGUCGCAGUUGGAGCAGCACCCCCACUGCAGGUGGCAUUGAAGGGAGUGUGAAGCUGCACGAGGGGUCUCAGGUCCUGCUCACGAGCUCCAAUGAGAUGGGUACUGUUAGGUACGUGGGCCCCACUGACUUUGCUUCAGGUAUCUGGCUUGGACUUGAGCUCCGAAGCGCCAAGGGAAAAAAUGAUGGGUCAGUGGGUGACAAGCGCUAUUUCACCUGUAGGCCGAACCAUGGAGUCUUAGUUCGACCGAGCAGAGUGAGCUAUCGGGGAAUUAAUGGGUCAAAACUUGUGGAUGAGAAUUGUUAAGCUUCUAAAAUAUUAAGAAAGCUCAAAUAUAUAUAUUUGGUGUAAAUAAAGAGUCCAUGGUAAAUGGUUUACUUUAUUUAGCCAUAUUAAAAUUUUGAAAAUAUAGUUAUCUUCUUAAAAACCAUUAUAACAAUUUAGAGAGAGUUCUUUACAAAGCCAUGAAUAUGAACUAUGGGGAAUCAUGGUUCUUUUAAAGCAAUUUUCAAAAUAAGUACCAAUUAAAGCUUUAGGUCCCAAGAAGAUUCUGGGACUCAGGAAGAAAAAGUGCCAUCAGGUGACCAGCUGUUGCAUUUCUUGCUUAUUCUGUUUUGUUUUUGCACAUCAUAUUGGAUUUUUCUUAGUGCCCUAAUUGUGAAGGGUUUCUCUAGCUUUGGUUAUGUAUAAUGUUCACGUGACCUUUUUUUGUCAAGCAUUUUUGGAAUUUUUCUUUCUUUCUGUGCUUUAUUACUAAUAAGUCCAAUGAGUGAGUAGUAGCUAGAUGACUAGUAUGUAGUUUUAUAUUUUGGUAAGAUUAUUUGCCCUUUCAGAAAUGCCUCAUCUAAAGAUACAUGAUAAUUUUGGAGUUGGAAGGGGCCUUAGAGGCUCUCCAGCUCUGCUUCUUGCCCAUUGCCAAAUACUGAAAUGGAAGCCCGUCUUACCUGGGGUCACUAACUGGUUGGUUAACUGAGCUAAAAAUAGACUGUGGGUCUCCUCACUUGUGGCCCAGUGCUCUUUCUGCUAUACAAAAUGUCUAAUCUCAGAUUUUUCUUCUGCUGCUUGACUGCUUCAUCUGGAUGAACUACAAAAAACCCAUGAUUAAGGUUUAUGAAUUCAAGUAAUAAUUAGAUUUUUUUUUGCACAGACUUACUUAACUUCCUUAUUGGAUAUAUUUGUAACACAUAAACACAAAGCACUUUUCAAACAUGAUGCACUUUUAUCUUUGUGAAGAAUUUACUGUCCUUUCCUCCUGGGAUAUGAGAAACAUUUUAAAAAACGUAUUUAACAGAAGAGAGCAAAUAAAGAUAUAUCAGGAAGGAUGUAUUAUUUACUUAAAUGUUUAUAAUAUCUGGAUUUUUUUUGUUUUAUUACUCAUAGAACUGGUGUUUGCUGUUUUUAUUUCUCUAAUUGUUGCAGAGUUCUGCCUGUUACAAAGCUACAGAACUGUAUUUUUAUUUUCCUUCUUGAGCACAUGUUAACAAACUAAGCUUCACAUUAGAGUGAUGUCAUAAUGUAAAAUGUUUGCAUUGUGGUUAGGUAUUGAAGUUUAUGUCCUGUCUGUGUAAAGAUUCAUCUUUUAUUGUAAAUAUUUAGACUUUACCACAGAAAUAUUGGAACAGUUUGCUUUAUAAGAUUAAAAAGCAUCCUUCAGAAUGGAGCUUGCCUUGUGCUUAGAAAUAAUAUGUUGAACUAUUUUGCAAUAUACUAUUUUAAAUCUAAAUUCUGUCACUUCGCUGCCUUUUUAAAAUAGUGUGGUGUUUCAAAUAUUGCUAGAGCUAUUUUCCUGAAAUACAUUUGCAAAGUAAGGCUGCUUUGUAAUCAAGGAAUAUUUUUAUUGAUUGAAGGAAAUGACUGUACUGCGAUUCAAAAGUAAACUUAUUUUAUUAUACAGAUUAUUUCUUAAAAACUCUAUUUAUACCUUAACAUGAAAUCCAUGACCACACCAAACUUGGUUAUUCAUAAUUUUUCCUGUUAAAUAUAAAACACUGUAAGUUAAAAACAGUAAUGCCAACAUUGAAUUUAUUUUUGAGGUCAAAGAACCAGUUUUCUCUUUAUAUUUAGAUGAGGAUUAUUAAGUCCAUAUAACAUAUAUGUUUACAUAUACUAUACAUGCAAAUUAGGUGUUUUCAUUUGUGUUUUGCUUAUGAAAUGUCAUUUAAAGUUCACUUCUUGAGCAUCAAUAAAAAGGGAAGCUGUGUGGUUUUGGAA